AUGGGUUCCGCCAAGGAAGAAAUUUCUGUCGACGUGCUCGUCAUUGGCGCUGGUCCAACUGGACUCGGUGCCGCCAAGCGCCUCAAUCAAAUUGAUGGUCCCUCGUGGAUGAUCGUCGACGCCAACGAAACACCCGGUGGUCUUGCUUCGACAGACACGACUCCCGAAGGCUUCCUCUACGACGUCGGCGGCCAUGUCAUCUUUUCCCACUACAAGUACUUUGACGACUGCAUCGACGAGGCCCUGCCCAACGACGACGACUGGUUCACCCACCAGCGCAUCUCGUACGUCCGCUGCAAGGGCCAAUGGGUCCCCUACCCCUUCCAAAACAACCUGUCUAUGCUGGGCAAGGACGACCAGGCACGCUGCAUGGACGGCCUGAUUGACGCCGCCCUCGAGUCCCGCGUGGCAAACACCAAGCCAAAGGACUUUGACGAGUGGAUCCUCCGCCAGCUGGGUGUUGGCAUUGCCGACCUCUUCAUGCGCCCAUACAACUUCAAGGUCUGGGCCGUCCCUACCACCAAGAUGCAGUGCGAGUGGCUCGGCGAGCGUGUUGCUGCGCCCAAUGUCAAGGGUGUCAUGUACAACAUCAUCCACAACAAGACGGCCGGAAACUGGGGUCCCAACGCCACGUUCCGCUUCCCCGCACGAGACGGUACCGGUGGAAUUUGGAUCGCCGUCGCCAAGACGCUCCCAGAGUCCAAGACACGGUACGGCGAACACAGCAAGGUGACCAAGGUCGACGCCGACGGCCACAAGGUACAUCUCCAGGACGGCACCGUCGUCAAUUACAAGAAGCUCAUCAACACCAUGGCCGUUGACGCGCUCGUCGAGACCAUGGGCGACAAGAAGCUCAUCGACCUCAGCAAGGGUCUCUUCUACUCCACCACGCACGUCAUUGGUGUUGGUCUGCGUGGUGAGCGCCCUGAACGCAUCGGUGACAAGUGCUGGCUGUACUUCCCCGAAGACGACUGCCCCUUCUACCGCGCCACCAUCUUCUCCAACUACUCGCCAUACAACCAGCCGCAAAAGGACGUCAAGCUCGCCACGCAGCAGAUGGCCAAUGGCUCCAAGCCCAGCUCCACCGAGCCCAAGGAGGGACCCUACUGGUCUAUCAUGCUCGAGGUGUCCGAGUCGAGCAUGAAGCCUGUUGACCAGGCGAACCUGCUCAAGGACUGCAUUCAGGGUCUGAUCAACACUGAGAUGAUCAAGCCCGACGACGAGAUUGUCUCGACCUACCACCGCCGCUUCGACCACGGAUACCCCACUCCUUCGCUCGAGCGUGAGGGUGUCCUCAAGGAGCUGCUUCCCGCCCUACAGACCAAGGACAUUCUGUCCCGUGGUCGCUUCGGCUCAUGGCGCUACGAGGUUGGUAACCAGGACCACUCGUUCAUGCUGGGUGUCGAGGCGGUUGACCACGUUGUCCACGGUGCCGUUGAGCUAACGCUCAACUACCCCGACUUUGUCAACGGCCGCAAAAACGAAGAGCGUCGUUUGGUGGACGGUGCUCAGAUUUUUGCCAAGACGCCUCUUGCUCUGAGGAACAAGGGUGUUGACUAG